CGGUUAAACUAGUUGACUAGAGAACUCAAAAGUGGUGUCCGGUGAUCGGCGAUGUUAGCACCGGGGGAGAGUGUUCUGAUCCCGGCGGAGGAGAUAAGUCUCUCCGCUGGUGAUGUUAUCUCCUUGUCGGUGCACAAUCUAAUAGCUUCUGUUUCUAGCUACCGUCCAUGGUGGUCAGAAUUUCUAGCAUUCGGUUCCAUCGACCGUCCAAGCUCUUUCUCCCCCGCUGUUUCGCGCGUUAAACUUAACCUUCACCACUUUGCGGUUAACUACGUACUUUUAACCGCUGCUUCCAUCACACUCUUCUUGAUCGGUGAUCCGAUGGCUCUUGUCACGGUUGCAUCCUUUGUAGCCAUGUGGCUACUCCUAUAUUUCUAUAGAGACCAUCCGUUGGUCUUGUACGGUCGACAUAUUAGCGACCGUGUUAUCGUCUUUGGGUUGAUUCUUGGCUCGCUUUGGGCAUUGUGGUUCAUUAAUAGCCUCCAAUGCCUGAUUCUUGGCGUCGUUACAAGUGUCUUGCUUUGUUUGGUCCACGCAAUCAUACGGAAUUCAGACGACCUCUUUGUACAAGAGAAAGAUGUUGUUGUUCCUUCCAAUUUCCUUCAUUGGAGCUGACGAUAUGUCAUAUGCAAUUAUGUGAUUACCUUUAAAAUUCACGCACGCAUUGUCAUAUUUGAAUGUGGCCAUGUGGGUUACGAAAUGGUAUCAGUAUAUUUUACAUGUCCGGUCAAGCUUGCAUAUUUAUUACUAGUUAUUAUCAUUUCUGAUAUGCCCAGUUUUUUUCUAAUCGUCUAUUAUCUUGAGAAAAAUUUAUGACCCUCCCUGUACACCAAAAAUUUGAAAUCAAUACAAUUUUUU